UGAAACGGUGAAAAGCUUGUGAAGUGACUCUCAGAGCAGCUCUGGAGAUCAAGAUGUUUUAUAUCCUCAUAUAUUGAGACGACAGACGCAGAAAACACCGUGAGCGUCACGUGUGUAUAGAGGGAAAUGUCCAGUCUGGAUGAGGUGCCCUUCAAGAUCCCUCUCGGCGUCCUUGAGGAUGCAAAGGAAGAGGUGGAGCUCCUCACAGCUCCAGAAAUCACUCUGCCCGACUACCUGAAGAUACUGCAGGAAACUGAGUAUGUGUUCAGCCUUGAGAACUGGGUUCUCACGGGUCUCCAAGGCGGUUAUCCAACCCUCAGUCCCCGCUCUUCCUGUGAGCUGACGGCGACCUGUCCUCCAUACUGGAUGAUGUUCAGCAGUCCUCAGGAGAGCAGGUUAGCCAGCCGCUGGAGCAGUGACUUCUGGGAACCCAACCCACGUCCCCGCAGCCGCAGUUUAAACGCGGCCCACUACCACGCAAUGAACGCUCGGGUCAAAUUCACCAUUUCUGACUCUGAAGAUGAAGAAUUUACAGAAGAAGAUGGGGCCGCUCUUGGUGAGGGUGAAGCACAGCCCAAACGAUCGGCUUUGCCAAGACAAGGACCAGGGGUGAAAGACUUGCACAGUUGUGGAUCAUCAAACUUCCUCAACCUGCCUUGCAGCCUCUCCGCACAGUGUCGAGGGAAUGUCCGACAGUCUUCCCUCUGCAGUCUGAACUCAUCCCGAAAGAACUUCCAGAGGAGUCAGAGUUCUGCUGGCUGUACUGAUACAUCUCCCGCCAUCUCCACUAACUGCCUGCCAUCUGAAUGCAACAGCAGACCCGCCCCAAAGGCCCAGGGUUCAUCCUCCCCCUUGGCCCCAUCACGGCCACUCAAUUCCCACGCUGCCGUCCUGGACUCUUCUGUCGAGCUUCUCUCCGCUCUCAGCCCAGAAGAGAGGGAGCUGCUGGCGGCCGUGACCGAGCAGGGCUACCCUCUACGCACGGCCAUCAUCGCCCUCCAGAAAACUGGCCAGCAAAGUCCCGAGCAGAUCUUGAGUUAUCUGGUGGCGUGUGAUCGGUUAUGUGAACUCGGCUACGAUGAAGCUCAGGUUGAAGAAGCUCUUGAGAUGUUUCAAAACUGUGAGACCAAGGCUGAGGAGUUCCUUCACCUUCUUGCUCAGUUUAAUGAAAUGGGCUUCCAGCAGAACGCCAUUAAAGAGGUUCUUCUCGUGCAUGAGAACCACCGAGAGCGAGCCCUGGAGGAACUCAUGACCCGCGUGGCCUGAUCCAGUCCAUGAUAUGAUGCAGUGAAUUAUAGCUGCGAUCAUGGUUUGUACUGUUCACACAGCUCAUAUAGCUGCUGCUUAUUUAUCAUGUGCUGAGCUGUGUUUAUUCGUUGCGCAUCCUAGACAUGUGUUGAGGCCUUGGGGAGAAGCACAGUUUGACUAUCUACACCAGCGAAUGACUCUAACAACACGUUUUUACAUUGUUUUCCAUAGCAAUCAAACUUUUGUUUUAAUUAUAUGUGCUUUAUUUAUAGAAAUGUUAACCAUGGGAAAUAUUCAUAAAAUUAAUUACCUUUUUGAAAUGCAUUAGAAUUCGUAUGCAUUGUUAUAUUUAUUUAUUAAAAUAUAUAUAUAAAGAUUAAAUAUUUUAUUUGUUUUCCUGCAUGUCAUUUGACCAUUAACCAACAUAAAGAGAACCGUAAAUAUGCAAAUGUGUUGUUAGAUUAUUAAAAGAGUAACUUAAAAUCUCAGAGGCAUAUAUAUAUAAAUAUAUAGCCUAUAUAUUAAUGACGGGUCAAAUGACAUUCAGGGAAACAAGUAAAAUAUUUAAUCUUUUUGUGUUUUAUUUUAAAAUUAUUUAUUUACAGUAUAGUACUGCACGAUUUGGUCAAACAAUACAUGGUGCUUAUUUUAACAUAUUAUAUUAGGAUUAUUUGUAAUUUGAACGCCAAUAUGAUAAACUCAUAAGAAAACGUCUCAGUGAUAGAAAUAAGAAAUAUAACGGCAAUAAAAUAAUUGUUUUUAUAUUAUUAUUUAUCUAUUUAUACUCUAAUUAUUAAAAGUGAAGGCAAGUAUACUAUUGUAAUUAUACAAUUGUACCUUAAAAUAAAAUGAAUAUUUGAUAAUUGUAAUUAUUUUACAAUCAUUUUCAUGUGUUAAACCUUUGAGCUUUUAUUUUAGUGGAAAACUGCAGAGAGACCUUUUAGUCUGUGUUUAGUUGACGAUUUUUUUUUUCUCAUUACUGAUAAAAUUCUGAAAACUUGUGUCCACAAAAAUGUUGGAAAUUAUGCAAAUGUACCAAACGUAUCAGACUAAUUGGACUGGACCAAUUUUAUUGAAAUAAUCUCUCUAGGCCAUAUCACGAUUUCAAUUUUAUUUCAAUUGCAGCCUUAUUUCAAUCUUACAUUUUAUGAUUUAAUUAAUUAUUAGCUUUUCAUCAACUCACGAAACCCCCUUUUGGGAAACCCUUAUGUAAUGUAUAAUAUAUUACAUCUGUUAUGUACAUGUCAGGCAAUGUGGAUGUAAUAAAACUGUUUAAGUGGUUCAGUCCAGUCCAACAAUGGCAUCAGUAACCUGAGAGCUUUGCAUAUGAGUGAUGGAUUUGUGCAGAUUACCACUGUAAACAAAAAAUGACAACUCAAUAUGAAAUUUCAGUCAAAUGUUUAGAAGAAAAACCAAAUCUAAAUAAUAAUACCCAUGUCUCAUUGUUCCUUGUUUCAGAAAAAAAAAAAAUCUAGUAUUUGUGAAACACAUGCUUUCAUCUGUUAGUUUCACUUUGGUAUUUGUGAACAUUAUUGUAUGGCAAUGUUCCUAUAAAAUGUUACCUUCAACUGCCAGACAUCAUGAGCGAAUAGCGACGUCCUGCCAAGAUCUAUACAUUCUGUUGUUCAGCUGCCAAAAGUUGGACACAAUGUUUUCAUUGUGGAAACAUGAUUAGUUAUCAGUGUGUCUUCAGGUUCUCAUGUAAUGAGUGGACCUUCUACAAGAGUUACGAAAGCAUGCAGGAAUGUCUGGAUAUAAUUUGAGUGUUUGAACAGUCAAGAGUCUCCGCACGGUUACACUCCAACCAGUUUUGAGGUCAUAAAUGAUUGUAUGAAUAAAGUAUCAUUUGUGA